AUGGUGCUCAUUUAUGCAAUCAAUUUUUAUUUUUUACUUCUUAUUUUGAUACCGUCCACACCUACGGUUAGUGGACAGGAUACUGCACCGAACAGUCUCUGGUGUGUUGAGGGCGAGAAAAAACUGUAUUCUCCAGUUCAAUGUCCUGCAGAAACAACGGAAUGUUUCAAGUUCACAUGCGACGGAAUUGAAGAGCCAUUCGUUGCUCGUGGUUGUGGUCUCUCUGUUCUGAAAUCCGCCGCAGGUCUACCCAAUGAAUCCUGCCAUCAAGCUCAAUCAAUUUGUGAGCAAGUGGGCGGAGUCUCGAGUUGUCAUACGUGUAAUAACAAACAUAUGUGUAAUAUAUCAUUUCCUAAUUUCUCAGUGUUAAUUGUUGCCCUGUUGAGUUGUUUAAUUUUUAUUGCCGGUGUACUGUAG